UCUGGCUGGAUCAGCAGCGGGGCGCGUCCCCCGCGCAGCCCGGGGAGCUCCUCGAGUGGGAGAUCGACCUCGCCAAACUCGACAUCCAGAACCAGGUCGCCAGCGGCACCUUUGGCGUCGUCUACCGCGGCACCUACGACGGCGACGACGUGGCAGUGAAGGUGCUGGACUGGGGGCAGGAAGGUCAGGAGAGCUCAUCGAAGCACCGGGAGGCCUUUGAGAAGGAGGUGGCCGUGUGGCAGAAGCUCGAUCACCCCAAUGUCACAAAGUUCGUGGGGGCGUCGAUGGGGACGUCCCAGCUGAAGAUCCCGGCGGGGAAGAAGGGCGGCAGCAGCCACGGGCCAGGCCAGCGCUGUGUGGUGGUGGUGGAGUACCAGCACGGCGGCACCCUGAAGACGCUGCUGUUCCAGCACAGGGACAAGAAGCUGCCGUACAAGAAGGUGGUCCAGCUGGCGCUGGACAUGGCGAGAGGGCUGAGCUACCUGCACUCUCAGAAGAUCGUGCACCGGGACGUGAAGGCGGAGAACAUGCUGCUGGACAGGAAGAAGUCGGUGAAGAUCGCCGACUUUGGGGUGGCCCGUGUGGAGGCGCAGGACGACGACAACAUGACGGGGCAGACGGGCACGCUGGGGUACAUGGCCCCCGAGGUGCUGGAGGGGCGGCCGUACGACCACAAGUGCGACGUGUACAGCUUUGGCGUCCUGCUGUGGGAGACGUACUGCUGCGCCUUGGCCUACCCGAACUACAGCAUCGCGGACAUCUCGUACCAUGUGGUGAAGCUGGGCAUCCGGCCCGACAUCCCACGGUGCUGCCCCAAGCCGCUGUCGGAGAUCAUGACGCGUUGCUGGGACGGCAACCCGGACCACCGGCCGGAGAUGGCCGAGGUGGUGGCGAUGCUGGAGAGGAUCGACACCACCAAGGGCAAGAGCAUGACGCCCGCCGUCCCCGACCACACCUCGCAGGGCUGCAGCUGCUUCGGCUUCUCCAAGUAGUAGUAGUAGUAGUCGUCGUCGUGUUGUGAUGCUGGUCGGUCUGCUGCUGUUUUUUGUUUCCCGUUCGAUGGUGCGGUCGUGCGUAUCGGUGAACGCUUUGGUUGGUCGUCGCGGCGUCUCUGGUGGAAGAAGAAUUGCGUAGGUUGCCUACUGCCUGCCGCUACUCGCUUGUGGUUGUGGGUGAGAUGAUGGUUUAUUUUGCCAUGCAUAAACACUGUGGUCGUCUUGUCUGCACCUGUUUGAUGUUUUUUGGUUCAAAAACUUGUCGUGCCGCUUCUCAUCA